CAAGCCGUAUCCAAAAUCACUUUCCUCCCCUAUAAAAUACACACAUACUCUUCAAAAAAGAAAAGAAACAAAGACAGUCAAGAAUGACUACUCAUAGAACAAGAAAUUUUAAUAGUUCAUUCAUUCUAAUUUCAUCUUCUUCACUUCUAUUUAUGAUUCUCUUAGCUACAAAAAGUUAUGGAAAUUGCGAUUUCGAGGCCAUUUUCAACUUCGGCGACUCCAACUCCGAUACAGGAGGAUUUUGGGCAGCAUUCCCAUCGCAAAACCCGCCUUUUGGGAUGACUUACUUUAAAAGGCCGGUUGGGCGUGCAACUGAUGGCAGAUUGAUCAUCGACUUUUUGGCACAAGCAAUGGGGCUACCAUUUCUAAGCCCAUAUUUGCAGUCUAUCGGGUCAAAUUACCGGCACGGAUCCAACUUUGCGACAUUGGCAUCGACCGUGCUCUUGCCAAAGACUUCAAUGUUCGUCACGGGAAUAAGCCCGUUUUCUCUCGCAAUUCAGCUCAAACAAAUGAAGCAAUUCGUAGCUGAAGUGGAUCUAAAAAAUCGCUCUUUAGGUGUCGACAAACUUCCUCGACGCGGCGUGUUCAAAAAAUCCCUCUACACAUUUUACAUAGGGCAAAAUGACUUCACUGGGAACUUAGCAUCUUUUGAAAGUGUCAAGAAAAUUUUGCCUGAAGUAGUUUCUCAAAUUGGGAGUGCUGUAAAGGAAAUUUAUGCGUUAGGGGGGCGUACAUUUUUUGUUUUCAAUCUAGCACCGGUGGGUUGCUAUCCAUCGCUCUUGAUGGCGCUCCAUCAAAACAGCUCGGACAUUGACUUGUUCGGAUGUCUGAUCUCUUACAACAAUGAAGUUAUCAACUACAACAAUAUGCUUAAGGAAGAAAUGAAGAACACGAGAAAAGAUCUACACGGCGCGCAUGUUAUAUAUGUCGAUAUACAUUCCAUCAUGCUCGAGCUCUUCCGGCACCCAACAUCUUAUGGGUUGAAAUACGGAACCACGGCGUGUUGUGGACAUGGAGGUGGCGCUUACAAUUUCGACCCGAGAGUUUAUUGUGGGAAUACGAAGAUUAUUGAUGGGAUAAAUGUGACGGCGAUUGCAUGUGAUGAUCCGUAUAACUAUGUGAGUUGGGAUGGGAUUCACGCGACCGAAGCCGCUAACAAAAUUGUGACAAAAGCCAUUCUUGGCGGAUCUUACUUUGAUCCUCCUUUCGAUCUUCAUAAGCUUUGCGAUAUAAAGCCCAUUGGUUGACGACUCUUUUCUAUGAGUUUCCAGGUCUCAAAGGGAGACUAUAUAUGAGUUUGUAUGUGGUUCGGGGUAUUUUCGGUAUUUUUUUAGUGCACGUCAUGAAUUUAUAAUAAUAAUAAUAAUGAAUGAAUGAGAAUAUGCAUUGAAUGUGAUAUUGUAUAUAUAUUAAA